AUGAUCAUAUGCAUCGCCGUCGGCUAUAUGAUUACGAAACAGGGUAUCUUUGCGCCAGCCAAUGCUAAGGGUGUCAGUAUCCUCAGUCUGAACGUCGCCCUUCCGGCCUUGAUCUUUGGCUCUAUGGUCUCCGCUCUUUCAGUGGAGAACGCUCCUGCUAUGGGGCCGCUUGUCCUUGUUGCUGUCAUAUAUCAGAUUCUUGGAUUCAUGUUUGCGUGGCUGAUCAAAGAGCUCUUUUACGUUCCCGUCGACUUUCGAUACGGUAUCCUUGUCAUGGGAACAGUUUCCAAUUGGGGCAAUCUACCCACUGCGAUCGUGCAGACCAUGGCCAAGUCUGCGCCUUUCGACCCUGAUACGGACACAGAGCUUGGAGUCGCAUAUAUAGCGGUCUUUGUCUUCAUCAUGAAUCUGACCCUCUUUCCUCUGGGUCUCCACAAGCUGUGUGCGUGGGAUUUUCGCGAAGAAAACCUGACAGCCGGCCCCCCUCUGCCACGAAGAGAACGCUGGCGCCAACGUCUCCAGUUCAUCAGAGGAGUGUUCAAGAAGGACCGCCCCACCAAUAGCGACGCCGGGUCAAACAAAGGCAAAGUCAAACUAUCAAAUCAGUCAGCUGAACAUCUCCACAACCAAAAGAGGGGAUCACGAGACAGCGAGGUGUCUUCUGCAGAUGAUGAGGAGCGAGGCGAAAAGCUGGGAGAGAUGGUCAAUCGGGCUCGUUUUGCUGGCGGUGCGGAGUUUGCCCGAAAAAAGUCGCGCGCCUCGUCUUUCCACUCUAUGAUGGAAAGCACUCGACCCAUCCCAGCCACUGCUCCUCUCGAUGCUAGCGGUAUCGCCCAACCAUGCUUUUCGCCGUCGGGCGAGAAUACUAAUCAGCUCCUCCCCGUGUGUUCCACGCACGCAGAGACCUAUCGCUAUCACCACCCAGUCACACCUGCUGCCUCGACGCGUAGCCCAACGUGGGGUCAAAGGAUCAAAUCUCUCGCAAUUGCCAUCUUUACGCCCUUGACGUUGUCCAUCAUUUUGGGCAUUAUCUGCUCAGUUAUCACGCCAGUAAAGGCCCUUUUUGUGGAUGUGGACAACUGGUCGGGGAAUGGCAUACCCUAUGCCCCCGAUGGUAACCCUCCGCUGUCGUUCAUCACCGAUACCGCAACCUUUUUGGGUGGCAUGUCAAUUCCCGCGGGGCUAGUCCUACUUGGGGCUAGUUUUGCGAGGCUGAAGAUGCCCAAAAAGUGGAGUGACCUCCCUAUAGCUGCUAUCGUGGCCAUGACCGUUUUCAAGAUGAUUCUUCUCCCUAUAUUUGGAGUUUUUGUGGUUCAGGUCAUGCGAGACAACACCACUAUGUAUCCUGCAAAAGACAAAAUGCGAACCUUUGUAUCCAUACUGGUGGCUUCGACCCCCAGCUCUGUCAAUCAGCUCGUGAUCACUCAGCUUUACAACCCAUUGGGAUCAGCCGAUACCCUCUCAUGUUUCUUGGCGUUGCAAUAUGCGCUCAUGCCUGUUCUAUCUACCGGCUUGGCAGCUAUAGCACUGUACAUCACGGAGCAACAGUAA